CAGCUGAUGAGUCGGCGGGAAUCAGUACAGACUGGCACUUGGAGCAGAGACUUCCUCACAUCAACACCACAUUUCCUCCAUUAUUUCUACAUCAAGUAUUAGCUGAAAUCUACCAAAGUCAAGAUGAUGCUGUUGGUCCUUGCAGCUGUGAUCUCCAUGGCAACUGCCGGAGUUCUACCUCAUAACAAGGAGUGGGAAAUGUGGAAACUACAACACGGAAAGCAAUAUGCGACAGAAGCUGAAGAGUACAGCCGCAGGUUCAUUUUUGAGAAGAACACCAUCAAGAUCGCAGAGCACAACAUCAGGGCCAGUCUGGGCAUGCACUCCUACACUCUGGCUAUGAACAAGUUUGGAGACAUGCACCACGAGGAAUUCCACCAAAGGAUCAUGGGAGGAUGUCUGAAGAUCGUGAAAGUCAACAAGCCUCUGCUGGGGUCAGAGUUGAAGGAUGAUGAUGACAAUGGUACUCUCCCCAAGUCUGUGGACUGGAGGAACUCUCACAUGGUGUCAGAGGUCAAAGAUCAGGGAGAGUGUGGAUCUUGCUGGGCUUUCAGUACGACGGGGUCCCUGGAGGGACAGCACGCUAACAAGACAGGUCAGCUGGUAGACCUGAGUGAACAGCAGCUGGUGGACUGUUCCAAGGACUUUGGUAACCAGGGGUGCGGGGGUGGUCUGAUGGACCAGGCCUUCCAGUACAUCAAGGCUAACGGGGGACUGGAUACUGAGGAGUCCUACCCAUACACCGCUACGGAUGACAAACCCUGCAAGUUUGACAACUCCUCCGUCGGUGCCACCCUGGUUGGCUACAAGGAUGUGAAGUCUGGUAACGAGCACGCGCUGAAGAGGGCUGUCGCUACCGUUGGGCCCAUCUCUGUGGCAAUUGACGCUGGUCACGAAUCCUUCCAGUUUUAUUCUUCAGGAGUGUACGAUGAACCACAGUGCAGCACUGAGCAGCUCGAUCAUGGAGUUCUGGUGGUGGGCUAUGGGGCCAUGAAUGACAACAGUCAUCAGGCGUUCUGGAUUGUAAAGAACAGCUGGGGUCCGAACUGGGGAGACCAAGGCUACAUCAUGAUGUCUCGCAACAAGGACAACCAGUGCGGCAUCGCCACAUCGGCCAGCUAUCCUCUGGUGUAAUGCCUGGGCAUCGUGCAGACUUCUUCAUACAAGCUUGUGUUUGGCACACUUGGGCAGGGUUCUAAUGUACAUACCGCAUCCAUGCAAAUAUAGAGUUUUUUUAAAGAGGAAAAACGCAGAUUACUUCCAUUAGGUGGGGAUUAACUGAAAAUGACUUCAGAUUCUACAGGAUUUGUGGUAAUUGAUUUUUAGGUUCCUGCAGGAGUAAAAAAUCACGAGGCGUUUCAACUGUAAUUUUUACUGGCUUUUGUAACUACUGAACCCUGUCCAAGAGGUUUUUUUAAUAGAAAGGGAUUUACCACUGCCAAGCUGAUGACUGUUACCUAUACAUAUCUCAACAGUUGUGUACAGUAAGGUAUUAAUACAUUAGGUUACGUAAAAAAUUUUUCAAAUUACAUAGACAUUUUAAGGUUGUAUUUAAGUGAGAGUCAUAUUUGUGUACUCUCGUUUUACCUCUGUGAUGCAUAGAAAUUAGACAUAUUUUAUGGUGUUGUUUGGAGCUGGAUUUCAUUGGAGCUUUUCUUUAGGGAGCUGGGUUUUCUCAUAACAGUAUUUCUCUACUUGUAUGACACUUAUUGAAGACAAUAAAGACGCACAUUGUAUACAAUA